AUGGCCGGGUGCCGCCUGUGGCUGCUGCUGGCGCUGCUGGCCGGGCGCUGGGCGCGGCCGGGCCGGGCCGGGCACUGCCAGGCCGGGGAGCUCCGGCCCGUGUGGGGAGAUGGCACCAAGUGCUGCCCCAGGUGCACCUGGAGGGGACGAACGCCGGCGCCCUGCGAGGCGGCGCAGGACCACGACUGCAAAUGUCCCCCGGGGCACGGCUGCGCCGACGAGCCCUGCCAGUUCUGCAGGGCCCUGCCCCGCUGCCCGCCCGGCUGGGAGCCCAGCAGGAUCGGAAGAGUGAAUUUCCAGUUUGAGUGCAAACCCUGCGAGAACGGCACCUACUCCAGCAGCAGGAGGAGCUGGUGCCGCAACUGGACCGACUGCGAGAGCAGCGGUUUCGUCACGCUGCGGGAGGGGAGCAGCACCCACAACGCCGUGUGCGGCCUGCCCGGCGCGGGCCCGCAGCCAGCGCGGCCGCCGCCGGAGCUCCGCUCCAGCCCCGCGCUGGCCGCGCUGGCGGCCGCGGCCGCGUUCGGGCUCGUGCUGCUCUCGCUGCUGCUGCACCUCCGCGUCUGGAGCCUGCGGCGGGACGGGAGAGCGCGGCCCGCGGACGCCGAUCCCGGCCCCAGCUUCCCGCGGCCGCCGCCGCCCCCGGGCGAGGAAUCCUACAGCAUCCAAUUCCCGGAGGAGGAGCACGGCGACAAAUCCCAGGAGAAGCUUUCCAUCCUCUCCCUGAAAGUGUACAGCGAGCUCCGAUGAGGGAUCCCAGAACGGGAUCCCCCUCCGGGAUCGCCGGGAAUGGGGGGCGGGGCUGGAAUUCCCAAAAAACCGGAGCAGCAGCAAUGGGGCGGGGAGAGGCGGCGUUCCUCCGCGGGGGAAGGAGCGGCUUUGGGGCGGCUUUGGAUCGGUAUUCCCGAAAAAAAAAAAAAAAAAAAAAAAAGCUGGAAUUCAGGGAUAAAUCCUGCUGCUGUUGGUUCAGGAGGA